GGCGCUGUUAUUCAGCCUGUUCUCAUCCUCUCAUCCCGUGAUCUUUGUGUUCAUCCCAAAAUGACGGAACCCAGCACGUCGCCGGAGGAUCCCUGGCAAAAACAGACGGACGGCACUUUUAGUGACAAUGGCUUUGACCACAGUUUCUUCAUAGAGAACUCUCGUAAAGGAACAGUGGUCUCCAGAGCCAACAGUAUAGGAUCCACUAGCGCCUCCUCAGUACCAAAUACAGAUGAUGAAGACAGCGACUACAGACAUGAGACCACUUACAAGGACUCCUAUAAAGACCGCCGGAGACAAGCCCACACGCAGGCGGAGCAGAAACGCAGAGACGCUAUUAAGAAAGGCUAUGAUGACCUGCAGUCUAUAGUGCCCACCUGUCAGCAGCAGUCUGAGUUUGCUAUGGCCACACAGAAGAUCAGCAAAGCCACAGUGCUGCAGAAAACCAUAGACUACAUUCAGUUCCUUCAUAAAGAGAAGAAAAAGCAGGAAGAGGAAGUGUCCACACUCAGAAAGGAAGUGAUGGCUCUGAAGAUUAUGAAAACCAACUAUGAGCACAUAGUGAAGGCCCACCAGAAUAACCCUCAGCAGGGCAGCGAGCAGGUGUCAGACCAGGUGAAGUUCAGCGUGUUCCAGAACAUCAUGGAUUCUCUGUUCCAGUCUUUCAGCACCUCCGUCUCCGUCAGCAGCUUUCAGGAGCUCUCUGCCUGCGUCUUCAGCUGGAUUGAGGAGCACUGCAAACCCCAGACGCUGAGGGAGUUUGUUGUGGGCGUUCUGAGGCAGCUGAAUGGACAGCUGUACUGAAACUUUGGAGAUCGUUCCCCCUCAGGCUGUGGAUCUGGAGUUUGUGUAGAGCGGUCAGGCUACUCUUGGCUGCACAACUACCAGCAGGGUUUAUCCACACACACACACACACACAAACACACUAAUGCCACCUAAAGCAGGCGGUCUGUAAGGGUCCUUAAUUGGCUGUCACACAAGUGAUAAGUGGCUAACAGCUGAGCCUUUUGGUUUCCCGCAGUGAGACUAAGUAAUUAGACUGUUAGAGCAGACAAUUUGAAUGUGAUGUGACUAUGAUUUUACAAAAUCUUGAAAUGGAGAAAAUUACGUCUCAUUUAGACAAACAAUGCAUCAAUACUGGUUAACAUAGUCGUUUCUAAUUAAAAGUUGCAUUGCAUGACAUGGGACAUCUGGACUGGGGUGUGUUCAGAAAAUGUGAAUUCCAAGCAUUUUUUAUUUGCUACUUUGCUACAAAACUGAUUGGGAUUGGAGCUUGACUGACAUCAGCCAAUGUUCACAACUCAUUUUUUAUUCAUGUUGGUCUUCUUGGUUGCAGCGUCACUAAGGUUUGCAUUCUGCGCCCAACUGGACGAAACUAUAGAUGGUUGUUCUGGUUUGUAACCUCAUACAAGUCAUAGGUAAAUUGAAUAAUGGAACACCAUCAUGGUUAGAAUAACAAAACCUUUUAAAUGUAUCCAAACAUAACUUUUAGCAUGUUACACAAUGACGUGUAUGUAAAUGAAGUAAUAAAAAUAAGUCAGGAUGCAAGUUAAAAGUGGAAUCAUAUUGGAAUUUCUUAAAAAUAUCAGCAUGUUUAGUAAUAUUUCAAUAUUUAAUCAAGUAUUUAUUGUAUUCUUUAAGAGCAGAAUGUUUAGGUUAUGCUGGGUUACUACACCGAAAUGUCUGUAUUUUAUUCAUUUUACUGCAUUUAUAACCCUUCAGAAUUUUUAAAAAUGAUAUAUACACAUAUUAAAAAUUGGCAUUAGCAGAUGCGUACCUUAAAAACAUUGGAUAUUGUGCCAUAAUUUCUACAUCAGUGCAUCCUUAAAAAUAAGAGGUAACUAAUAAACCAAAACAACAAAUUAUUUCACUGGUGCUACAAUAUUUUUGUAUUAUUUUAAAAAGUUUCUGCUGUUUAUUUGAGUUGGAGAAGUUUGAGAAUUGCGAACUGAUGAUCAUAUCAGUCGGCAAAACACUGUUUACCUAAAACCAUUGGAUUGUAAAAUUAAAAUCUAUACAUUUUAGCAUUGGUAUAUUCUAUUGACCUAAAUUUUAGCAUUUAGAUCAAUAGAAUAAAUUCUGAAAAUGUAAUAUGUAAAUGUAAUCAUAAUGUGACCAGGGAAAAGUCUUAAAUAUAUGUAUUAUUUAUGCUUAUACCUGAUACUAUUGCUUUAUCUUUACUCAUAUUUGGUCAGAGUUAUUUGGACACAGAUUAAGGCUAGUUUUGGACAAAACCAGACAGAUAUUGGAGAUUCCCAAUUGUGUACUCUUUUUAGAUUAGAACUAAGCCUAAUCUGUGUUCAGCCUGACAUUUUUAACACGUUUCUUUAACAGUUAAUAAGCUCUCUAAAAAGUCAGCAGUAAGGCGUACAAAACGGAGCUCUUUGUAAUCUUGAAAGGAUUUUUCUCUGCCGGUUUAUUCAUGUAAAAAGAAGGCUAAAAUGUUUUAAGAUUUAAGCUGUUUUGUGCAAGAACAUAACAAGAAGGGUUAAAAAUAGAUAAGAUAAGUAAAUAACCCACACCCCAGUUCCACAGGGAAUUUAUCUGCACCUCUCCAGUGCUUCUGAAAGCAAUGCAAUAACGUCAGUGUUGAUUAUCUCCUGUUGGGUUGUGCGUCUGCCCGCCUGCUCCAGCUGAAGUGUGCAUCGUCUCUUGCUUACCUCUGAUAUCAAACCCUCUACUGUCAGAACUCUUUGGCUGGAGGUUUGAUAUAUAUAUAUAUAAUGUGAUCUAUACAAGCAAAUUGCUGAAAUAUUCCCCACCAACUCGUUUUAAUGAGGCUGGUGUACUAUGCGCAAUCAUCUUCUCUUACCUCAUUCACAUCCCAAAGCACAAUAUAAAUCAGACUUUUGCUUGUGUUGUUUUAAAGCUGGGGCUAAAGGUAGCGUGGGGUUUUAUCUAUUACAGUUGUGUUUUGUUUUUCUGAUUAAUGUAUACAGAAUAAUGAUUCAUGAAUAUACAAGCUGAAAUGAGACAGACACUUGUUGCUUACUCCUACCUCUAUGGGGCUGACAUCCCAAUAUGAUCAAAAAUGGAAUAAAAAUAUUAGUUUUUUAUUUUCGUGCCAGAAAAUGUAACAAUCUUUUGUGCUUGUUCUGUUUUUGAGAAAAAUUCCCUGUGAUGGAUCAAAUUGGUCUUUGUGAUAGUAAAACAAACAUUUGAGCAACUUAAUUAUCAAGUUAGAAAGCCCUUUUUUUUUGAUUAACAUCAUUAAGACCCCCCACCAGCGGCUAAAUAGCACCAAAAUCGUAUUUGUGCUGUCUUAUCAGAUUAUUGGCUAAAGAACAAUUAAAAAAGGAAUAAUUGAACAAGUCAUUCAGCCCCACACAAACGUCCAAAUCACACCAAAAAUGUCUCAUUUGUUUCCUCUUAGCUGCACAGACCAGCACACACAAACAAGCUCGUGGUGUAAUUUGACUGCUGGUGAGGUGCUGAGUGACAUCACUCCUCAAAACAUUACGGCUUUAUAACCUGAGAAUUAAAAUAGCGCAAACGUAACAAAUUUGGCUGAUGGGGGGCUGAGUGACAUCACAGGUAAUAAAAUUUUAUACUUAAUUUCUCAAAACCUGUAUCCACACAAAUGCGGCACAAACAAAUAGUAAUAUUUCUAUUUCGUUUCUGAUCAUAUGGGGUGCCAGUUUAGGAGGUCUUACUCUUUGGCACUGUGGCCAAAGAUCUGCGCACAAAUGAUUAAAAAUGAGGAGGGGGAGGGAGACAUGCGUGUCGCAAAUAUUGUUUUGUUUUUUUUGGUUUGUUUUCAGUCUAAAAUGACAAUGAUGUGAACUGAUUUUAUAUUGUUGGCUAUGGCUGCCCCUUGUACCACACUCAUUUAGUUCAGCACAAAGACACUGCAGUUUGACUUAUUGCGAUUUCUAUUUUCAACAUAUGGAUUAAGUCUAGUCCUGGACUAAAGGACAAAGUGAAAACAGAGUCCAGGACAUAGCUUAACGUACGCUUCUGAAGAAAAAUGUGUAAUUAAAAUGGGAAUGUAUAUCAAAGACUAAUUAAAAUGAGGAAAUGUUUACCUUAAGAAUACUGGGUACUCAGGAAAACUGAAUCUCUGUACAUUCAGGUCGUGUUUUAAUGAAUGACGAUUAAUCAGGCUGUUGAAUGACCUGUGCUGGGAAAAAAGGGACUCUUUCUGUCUUUAGCCAUAAUGUGGAGCGAGUGGAGACCAGAGACUCCAUGCAAAUGAGACUCAGUGCAUCACAGACAGCACUGUUCCUAAGACUGUCUGCUGAUUCAGACCAGAGAAUUCUAGACAAAAAAUAUUUUUGUAUGAACGCAGUUUGUAAUCAGAAAAUAAAUGUUUAAUGUUGAAACCUA